AUGACGGCAAAGGUUUCGUCGGGUCGGCACCCCGUCUGCCACCUUGACGAAUUCAUUAGAGGCAAAAGAGAUCCCUACUGGCUUAACUGCGAAGACGAGAAAUAUGCCUGGAUCUCGCAAGAUGGGUCACGUUUCGCCAAUGCAGCAAACGGCGUCGAUUACCAUGGAGAGCCAACGCGGACUCCAAUGAAUGAUGCGGACAAUAAUAUUAAGCUCUACUGGGAUGCAUUCUCCACCGCCCCCGGGACUAUCCUCCUCAACUCCCUCUCAAAAGCCUCUUUCUCCUCGGCACUCCACGUCUCAAACACCGCCCCAAAAAGUGAUAACAGCCUUGCCAAGACUUCAGCCUGCAAAGCACCCAACAUCCUCUUUUUGUCCAUCGCACCCCCCCAAACCACCAAAGUUAAAAUGCACAAUGCUAUAUUUCAGGCGCCGGCGAUACCA